AAUUGAAAAUAACUGGACAUGGGACGAAUAAGUGUGUUUUUUUAGGGGCCACUCGGGCAGUUGGGUGAACCCAAAUAAGGGUUGCACUUCCGGAAAAAAGGGCAGCCUUUUUCUGUAUCAAAGAGUUUGACUUGCUAGCUAACGCAUCAAGCUAGCCAAAUAUACGAGUGUUAUCUAUGCUGCUUUAGUUGUGUUUCCAGUGCUUCCCCCCGCCCAUUUAUUCCUGGGUAACAUACAAAGAUGGAGCAAGUAAUGGUCCCGUUUUGUUUCGUUUUAACAACAGGACAGUAUGGCCACCACUGUUGCUGUCAGUCCCAGUGAAUACCUUCAGCCCUCCAACGCUUCCUUACAAGACACCCAGCCCUCUCCUCUCGCCCUCCUGGCCGCUACCUGUAGUAAAAUCGGCCCUCCUGCUGCUCAGGCUCCUGUCACCUCUCCUCCAGCUCAGCCUCAGCCUCGCCGGCUCCUCCCCAUAAAACCUGCUCCAAUCGCCCCUGCUCCUCCCAAAAACCUUGGUUUCCUCUCGACCAAAGGCAAUGUCAUCCAGCUGCCUGCCGGCCUGGGCUCCACAGCCCCCGGCAGUCCCAUCGUGCUCACGAUCCAGCAGAGCCCAGGCCGAACCAACACCUCCGCCCCGGCCAACAUCCAGUACCAGAUGAUGCCUCAGAUCCAAGGGGCCCAGACCAUCCAGAUGAUGCCGCAGGGAGGUCAGAUCCAGCUCAUACCGGGCACCAACCAGGCCAUCAUCACCACUCCCAUGACGGUACCGCCCGCCGCCACUCCCAUCACACCGCAGAAGACUCUAGCCAUCAAACCCUCCCCGAGGUCGCGCAAAUCAAACAACUCCAACAUGGUGCAGCUGCCCGGCGGGCUGACGCUGCCGCUCAACGUGGCGACCGGAGAGGUGGGUGGGACUCAGUACAUCACAGAGACGGCGGCUGCUCCCCCCACUCCUACGAAGGGGCGGCGAGGGAGGAAGAAGAAAAUGGUUCUGACCGCUUAUGCUCCGCCUCCUGCACAGCCUGCCUCUCCCUCCUCAGAGAUGGAGACCAUCCUGAUAGAAGCUGGAGACAACAUCAUCCAGGCGGGAAACAACCUUCUGAUCGUGCAGAGUCCAGGGCAGCCUGCGAUGGUGCAGCAGGUCCAGCUGGUCCAGUCCAAACAGGAGUCUCAGGUGGUCCAGAUCCCCCAGCAGGCUCUGAAGGUGGUGCAAGCCGCCUCCGCCACACUACCCACAAUCCCACAGAGACAGUCAGCCCCCUCGAGCCUGCAGGUCACCCAGUCCGAUCCAACACCCACACAGAUCCUCUUCAAAACAGCGUCGGGUGAGUGGCAGACCGUUCAGAUCCAGGACUCGAUCUCCACCACAUCGACCCCAACCACUGCGGUGGUCACCACCACCAGCUCCCCGCCGCAGGCCAGCAUCAAGAGGACGCUGCAGGGGGGGCGGAAGGAGCGCACUCUGGCAAAAAUCGCUCCGGCGGGGGGAAUGAUAUCGCUCAACACGUCGCAGCUGUCGUCGGCGACGCAGGCCGUGCAGACGAUCAGCAUCAACGGGGUCCAGGUUCAGGGGGUUCCUGUCACCAUCACCAACGCUGGGGGCCAGCAGCACCUCACAGUGCAGGCGAUGCAGGGUGGUGGGCUCCAGCUGGCAACAUCGCCGGGCCAACCCGCCCUCCAGAUGGACCAGACCCUCACCCUGGAGCUGCCCGGACAGCCCGGAGAGAAGAAGAGACGCAUGGCCUGCACCUGCCCCAACUGUAAAGACGCAGAGAAGAGGCCCGGGGAGAUCGGGAAGAGGAAGCACAUCUGUCACGUCAUCGGCUGCGAGAAGACGUUCCGGAAAACGUCGCUGCUCCGAGCUCACGUCCGGCUGCACACCGGGGAGAGACCCUUCGUCUGCAACUGGGUUUUCUGUGGGAAACGAUUCACGAGAAGCGACGAGCUGCAGCGGCACGCCAGGACGCACACAGGAGACAAGCGCUUCGAGUGCAGCCAGUGUCAGAAACGCUUCAUGAGGAGUGACCACCUGACGAAGCAUUACAAGACUCACAUAAACACCAAGAACCUGUGAGCUGCUGCAGAGCGUUUACACAGACAAACUCUAUCAAACUAAAGACUGUAUUAAGAGGACGGAGGGGCAGAGGAGACGAUACCGAGGGAGUGUUUGUGACUUCUCCCGUUGUGGGAAAUACAAAAGAACACCUCCCUUUAUCCCCUCUCACUCCUCCAGGACACUGUGUAGCGUGGUGUACAGAGAAACCCUUUCUGGUGGACUUCAAACGGAUCCGGCAAACUUAUAUUAAGAGUUUAUGUUUGUUUUCUUUCCUCGAGCUCCGGCUGACCUUGCAAAAAUGACGGGGAUUCAGAAGCAGAUGCUUUACUCUGCUUGCUUAUUUAUAAACUUCUCUGGAUGAAGAUCAUACGUUUUAUUAUUCAGACGCCAAGACCGCAGGACUCCAGACACAGUUUCCCCUCUUUUUGUAUCUUUGAUUUCCCCCACAGUACGAGUAUGACCUCCCAGAAAUUCGCUUUAAAGCAGCAAAAAAGGCCAAAAUAAUACCAUUGUUUUGUACAUUUUAACCUCAAUGAAAUGGUAAUUAUGUUUUUAAGUUAUCUGUGUUUUAGCAGGAAGUCUCUGCUGAUAUAAAACCUGUAACCCCCCCUAAACACAUUUAAACACAUAAAAAAAAAACCUCACAGACUUUUGGAAACCUUCAGAAGAUUUGGCUAUUUUCAGUGUGCAUUCAUACUAAUAUACAUAAUAUUAUUAAUUAUAAUAAACUAUAACAAUUCUUUCAUACAAUUGUUAGAAAUUGAUUGACAGAUAUGUAAACAAAUCUUGACAUAGGAAAAUAAAGGAGACGCAGAGAUACAAAGCAAAGCAUUUUGAGGGAGAAUGAACAGACUGAGCUUUCCUCCAUCAGUUUGAAUGCAGCCGCUUUGCUGCCAAGACCUCCAAACAAAACAGAAAUCUUUCAGUGUCGGGAAAAGGUGUUCAAAUGCAGUCGAGUCGUCUAAUAAUAACAAACUAUCACGAGAACGUUUGAGAAAGACGGUCAAAGAGGUCUCUUCAGUCUCCAGGUGCUAAGGAUUUAAUUCAGUUAAAUAUGAGUGGGUUUUCCAUCUUCGAUAUUACCAAAGGUACGUGUAGGGCUGGGUAUCGAAGUUGUCUUUAAUAGGGAUUUUGAAUAUUUGGCCGAGUUCAUUCUCUUAACUUGUUCUUCAUCACGCAUUUCUUUGGUAGUUUCAGACAGUGUUAGGUUCUUGAAUGGCUGCUUGUGUUUUUAGACAUUUUUAGCAUAAAUAGUUUUGUUUGUUUUUUAUUCAAAUGUACUUCCUAAUGUUAGGUAUCAAAGCAAGGAUGAUACCAAGCCCCACAUACACUUUGUGUACUAAUCAAUAACUAAAGUCUGGGUAACUCUGCUAUUCUGCUUCUGUCAUGGUAUCAUUUUGAUUUGAGGACUUGUAGCCUAUGCAUUGCUGUACAUACGAUCAGUUUAACAAUGGUUUGGCCUAACUUGACAAUCACUCGCCGAGAGGAAAAGGUUAUCUUUCUCAGGCCUUUGAUUCGUUACUUUGUACAUGAGUUUUUUUCUAGCUAUGUGAUAGCUUUACUUCUGAAUGAACACUUUUUGUUGAUAUACAGACGACCAGCAUUAGGCCUACUGUACAGUAUUCACAUCAUGUACUUAAAUGUCUUUUGCUUUACAGAAAACUUUGUUGCUCAUUCUUUGAAAUAUUGAAGAUUUACCGACCUUUUUGCUUACAUGUCAUCAGACAGUUUGAGGUCAAAUGUGUGCGGCAGUUCCUUUUGUUUAGACAAAUACACCAAUUUAUUGUAAAAUCAGCUCUUUGGUCAAAUGAGCAUGGUGCCAUCAGGUCACCUGCUUUGGGUUUUCACUGUUUUCAUACUGUGACAUGUUGCUAAUCAGCUUUGACUAAAAAGCAGAUUCCUUUUAAAAGUACUUUGAAGGAAUUUUCCUCAAAGUGCUUCUCAAGGGGCGACAUAUAAACAUAAAGCUUACAUGCAGGUGGCCAAUAUUUGGUGUAUUGUUUCAAGAAUGUGUCUGAAGACAUGCCACUGGGGACGGAGAGACCGAGCGUGCUCAUAUUUAUGUUUGUAUUUCAUGUCUGCAUAAUGUAAAUACAGCGUGUGUCUGGUAGACACGGUAAAUGUAGGAUAAUAAAACACAAACGUUAAGUUGCCUAGUGUUGUUGUUGGCGUGGCCGGCCUGAAGGAAACAGACUUUGUACAGUGUGUAAGGAAUAAAAUAUAAUGUGACAUUGUAUAGCUUCAUUCCUGCUUUGUAUAGGAACUUCUAGAUCUUUUUUCUAUUGAAUUAAAGAUGCCUUAGACAGCUGCUCCCAGUAUUCAAAGAUGUUUCCCCUGUCUUAUUCCAGGUAACAACAUUUGUAAAGUGAUUUAUGUUUUUAACUUAUGUUACAUGCUAAUGUAAUGUGCACUAAUUUAAAAUCCCAGGUUCCUAAAUCUGUAAAUUUGAUCUUCAUUGUAAUUACUUUUAAUGAGAUUUUUCCAAAUUGAGACAUUUCUAUUGCUUGGUUUCGGUGAAUGAGAUGCGUCUCCUUCUCCAAGCCUGUAUGUUGUACAUUGUUCUGCAGCCAUGUGUUUUGUUUGUAUGGAGAACCCAGAGAACCGGAGAACCCAGAGAACAGAGUUCAGUUUUUGUUACUCGUGUAAAGAUGCUGAAAAAUAAAGUUUGUUCCUUUUCUACAGUCACCCCCCUUAUUAAAGAACUCAAACUAUU